AUGGGUCUUCGUGGUCCCACGACGUACGAUGCGGAGCCCACGCGGCGUCCCGACAUGAUCGUGAAUCACCAGGCGCCGUACAAUGCGGAGACUCCACCCGCGCUGCUGGGAACGGCGUUCAUCACGGGCGCCGACGCGUUCUACGUGCGCAGCCACGGGCCCACGCCCGUGCUGGACGAUGCUGACAGCUAUCGCUUGCAAGUGGGUGGUCUCGUGCCCAAGCCGCUCUCUCUCUCCCUACAGGACAUCAAGUCCAUGCCAGCGGAAACCAUUGUUGCCACUAUGAUGUGUGCGGGCAACAGGCGCACGGAGAUGAGCACGAGGCGCAAGGUCAAGGGCGUGGGGUGGUCCCAGGCUGCCAUCGGGAAUGCCACGUGGACAGGAGUGCGUGUGUCACACGUGCUGGAGCUGGCGGGAGUGGCGCCUCGCUCCACGCGCACCUCAGCUGGCGGCAAGCACGUGGAGUUCGCCAGCGUUGACGUCUGCCCAGAGGAGAAGGGGGGGCCCUACAAGGCGUCGCUGCCACUCCUCCACGCCUCCUCGCCAGAGCAGGAUGUGCUCUUAGCCUACCAGAUGAACGGACAGGACUUGACUCCUGACCACGGCUUUCCUCUGCGCAUCGUUGCUCCCGGGGUCAUCGGGGCGCGUUCAGUGAAGUGGCUGGAUCGCAUUGACGUGCUGUCGCACGAGUCGCAGGGCUUCUUCAUGCAGCGCGACUACAAGAUGUUUCCCCCCAGCAUUGACUGGCACAACAUCGAGUGGAACACUCGUCGCCCUAUCAUGGACUUUCCGAUCCAGUCGGCCAUAACAGAGCCUGCAGUGGGGGAGGAAGUACAACCAGGUCCUAUCACUAUCCGGGGGUACGCAGCAGUGGGCGGCGGGCGUGGCAUCGAGCGGGUGGAGGUGUCAACUGAUGGAGGUGCCACCUGGCAGGAGGCCACUCGCCUCCCCCACACUGUUGACAACCCCUCCCACCUUGGCCUCCUGCAAGGCCCGGCAGCAGCAGGGGAGGGUGGCGGUGUGUAUGUGGCAGAUGCGGAUGAGGAGGGAGAGGGGCGGUUCAAGUGGGCGUGGGUGCUGUGGCAGCUGAACGCCACUGUCACUCCGCCAUGCCAGAUUGUUGCUCGUGCGGUGGAUUCAUCGUCCAACACACAGCCGGAGGAUGUGGAGAGCAUUUGGAACCUGAGGGGUGUGCUCAACAACUCAUGGCACCGUGUGGACCUCAAGCCUGCUGCUGACAAUGCUGCUGCUGCCAAACUCUAA